AAGCGUGACUAAAUUUAAAAAUGGCUGCCAACGGAGGAAAACAUUGAAAGAAAAGUCUCACCAGUGCACCAAAUCAGGGAAAUAUUAUGAGAUACCAAAUCAAUUAGACGAGUCUACAAGAAUGGGAACUCAAGGUACAACUAAAGUUGUAUUUUUAAUUGACAGAAAUUGUGGCUCCCAGGAUGAGAAUGCAUUUGCGGUAAUCAAGUUGGCAGUGUUGAAAUUACUGACACAUUUUUCGUGCAGAGAUGGCACCGUCAACGAAAAACGACGAUGGGGAUAUCGCAUCUUUGAUUCAACGAAAGAGUGUCAAAUGUAUAAGAAAAGAGCGAUUUGGUUGCAGUACAAGUAUAAGCAUUUCCAAGAUUUUGAGGAGCACCUUGAUGAGAAUGUUCCACCCGAAAGGGUCAAAACAAGGAGCAAAACAACGGCACAUCAUUACGAUCAUAACGGUAGCUGCAGCGAAGAUAGGAGUAGUGGUCCGCCGAGGUUACCCGCAGCAAAUAAGCAAGCGUCCGAUGGCGAUCAAGCGCCAGCUGUCCAUGCAACCUCCGCCGGUUUUGGCAACAUUGCCGACGCCGACGAAGGAGGCGAGGACACAAGUUCGGCAUACGCUCUUCGAUUUGCAUUGCAAGAUGUAAUGCAUGACUUCCAGUGGGAAGAACCAGACAUGUGCUCUCCAAUGAAAUCAUCUCGAGCUCGCUCACGACAUCGAAGAAAAAAAAGAGAGAACCCACGACAUGCUUCUCGCAUACAAUCCAGUGCAAUGAUAAGUGAUGGACGACAGAAGCACAGGAGGAAAGAGAAAAUGAUUUUUCUUGCUAUGCGGUGUCCGCCUUCUAUGAAAACUCUUGAAGAAUUUGUUGGAGAUGCUACAAAGCUUAACUCUGCUUUUUCUCUGCGUGAUACUAUUGUUACAAAAGAGUUUAUUGCAAACUUUUGUGGAGAGCAAAAUGGAAGCAUUUUCUGGCUCAACACCAAUAUGAUACCACCAGGAAAACCCACGCUUGGGCUUCUGAAUGGGAUGCUGAGUCACAUGGGAGGUCAGGUGAUUUCUCUUGGUUGGCUGAUGAGCAAUGGAAGCCAUUUGACAUCCUGUCUUCAUUCACUGCAAGCUACACAACAGGCCUUACAGGAUAAAACAGCAAGCAAGAUUGGAAAGUCUGAGGAAGAUCAAGAAAAGGGAGAAAAUGACCACCCAGAAAAGAAGAUUCCUGUUCCCAGAAAUUUGCUACCUCUGUCCAUCAUCAUUGAUCACUUCCUGAGGUCAAAUGUUGUGUCACAGCCUGGGAUGGGAGACAUUAACCAUUCUUAUAAAGAGACAUUCCAAGCAGUGUUAUGCUCUAACACAGGAGAUGCCACACCCAAACACUGCGUGCUCAGGAUGAUGCCAAUGUUCACAUCAAAAAGUGAUUGCGCUCCUGAAAGUUUGUUGAACCCUGGCUCUUCUGAGACGUUUGUCAUUCACAACACAGAGGAGAUUAGGACAACAAAGAGAAAGAUGACCAGGAACCAAUCAAGCAACUCUAUUGAGCAGGCUUCCACCAAUCAGAGAAAGGCAUUCAGUCUGGAGACCGGUGAACAGAACGCUUCUCAGGCACAAUCUAAUAGUGCAACUGGAGAACAGUCACCUGAGGCUCGCACUGUUACCAUCAGAACCAAGAUUGAUCAAAGGCAGUUUGAUCUUGGUGCAUUUGAUUCCUCCAGCACAUAUUCCUGUAUAGGGUAUGAUUUGAUGAAGAGGAACAGUGAUGAUGAUGAUACCAGGAAAGUUAGGAAUGAUGGCCAGCUGUCCAAGUGGUUCCAGGAAGCAAUGAUGAACUUAAGCCACCAAAGGAUGUCUCUGAUUAUUGAACUAUCUUCAAUCAGUUCUUCUUUGACCACUCUUGGUGUCUUGGAGCCUUUGACUCCUGCCAUGGCUUCAAUCCGCCUUCUGCACCCCAAGUCCAUCAUGCCUCUGGCCACCACACUUGCCUUUCAGUCCAUCCCUGUGUCAACGGGAAAGGGACCUGCACUUACAUCAAAGGUGAAGCGCAUCGUAGAAAAGUCAGCAGAAGCGAUUAUGGGAUGUGGGAGGGCUGAUUUGCAUUCGAGCAAGAAGGUGACAGAGAAUAAGGAUACAUCCUCUGCAACUGAAACCGACACCGGGAUACCCGAUGAAUUGAGUUGCAUUGACAGGGGUCACCAUGAACCAUUCCAUGCCAGCUGGCUUGAACCUUGGCAUAUCUCUGCUCCAUCCAGAAACACAUGCGAUCAAGUUGUUGAGCAACUAUGGAGUUUUCCAGAUGACAAACGUUCCCCAGGGAUCCGUAAGAGACAGUUAGUCGCUGUAUAUGAAGCAUUUUUCAAGCAACUUGACAACACCAUGAAGGGAACGACUGAAGUCACCAGUCCACUUUCCAACCCAGCACCUGGUGAACAGUCCAAAAAUGCAAAAGAUCCAGCCGCAGUGAGACAGAGUCCACGACUGAAGCGUAUGAAGAGCACGCCAAGCUAUGUUGGUGCCAGGACUGCUAACAUCAUGGCUAACAGUCGUAAACUCCAGGCUAGCAAACCCAAGGUUGUUGUCAAAGACAAGAAGAGCACCAUACUCACCAAGAAAAAGAGUGACCCUAUUCCAGUCAAACUACCAGAUGUUUCAUCAGUUGAAGACUUGACCAAGCAUUUGAAACAGAGCUACCAGGAUGUAUUAACUCAGAAUUCUUGCCCACUGCGGUUCACCCAGUCUACUGUGGCCAUUGUCCUCCACUUCUACAAGACAUCUCAGCAAACAAACCAAGAAAACAGCAUUUCUAACAUGAGGACCCUUAUCACAGACACCCUCCUCCUCACCAACAAGGAACUCAGAGAACGCUAUGCCCAAUGUAGCAACGACUCUGGUGACCAAGAGAUCAGGUUUCACGAGGUCGAGAUGCAGACAUUGCUGCGGCUGGAGAUGGAGUCGGUAGAACCCUCGGACAUCGCAGCCUUGAAAGAUAAGGAAAAGAAGGAGAAGGAAGAGAAAGAUGAAGAAGAUGAGGAUGAUGAUGGAAUAGAGUUACCAGAGGCUCUACAAGACUCUGUGGAUGAGGUUGUUCAUCUGCUUGAGACAGUACCAAUCUUUGCAUCAGCAGACAAGCUAACUGCUCUGUUGACUGAUGUUGUUCUUGCUAAUUAUGCAGAGACCAUUCCCUACAUGGUACGUGCCAUCUACGAGGGUUUGGUGAAACCAGUGCCUUCGGUUCUGUUUUCUCCGAGUAGCGAUACGACAGGCGUACCCUCUCACAAGCAGCCUGCAUCCUAUAGGUCCGUCAGCUCCGGUGGCUCUCUCAAUACCCUGGGAUCAAACUCAAACAGGUCAAGAGCUCUUGUACGUCAUCCCAGCAUUGCAGAUGCGGCACCAAAGCGCAUCAUUGGAGUUCCUGCAAGACGGAUGCAAAAUGAAAAGAAGAAGAACGACGCUGCAGAGAAAAAGAAAAAGGAGCAAGACAACGCAGCUAAGACAGUAAAAAGAAACCUCUUCAAUGACGAUAGUCCGGAUGUGAGUAUGCUCACUAGAAGAAACUCAGUGGCAGUCAUGCAGACUCAUACAGUCAGGAGAAGCCCCCGGAAAUCAGUGCGUAGCGGUCAGAUUGUCCUAAAGACCAAGGUUGUCAAGGAAACACCUGGCAAAAAACAAGUCCUGAAGGCGAUGCUUAACAAACUAGACAGAGCAAGGAGGAGGAGUAAUAGUAAAGAGAGGGGAACACCUGAUCCAAGCAACAUGUUGGUCAUUGAAGAAUCUCCAGAGAAACCUGUCAGCUCUAUCAAGCCAGAUGUCAGACGUAGCCCUCGUGUUCACAGCUUGAAACGUAGACCUUCCUUCUACAAGAAGCAAGAGAUGCAUCGGGCCAAGCUCCUUGGUGCCAGGAUAGCUGGGACAAGCCCACCUGCAGUAGCCCUCAAAGAACCACCUCUGUCAGAGGAAAAGACAGAGCACACUAAGAUCAAGUUAUCCCCAGCAUCUUUCCUUCUAAGUGCCAUUACAAGUCCAAUCUCUAAAGCUCCAGAUGUGACAAAUUCACCAGCAAGGGUAGAUUUUGAUUCGCCAAGUCGGAAUACAAGGUCCAGGACAGGUGCAACCCCUGUGAAGGCACUGGGUGACAGUCCUGGAAGGAGUGCCCCGAGGGUAACACCUCGUGCCAAGGCAAGGAGGCGCUUGAAUGAUGAGCUUUUGAAGGAUGAUGCAAAAAAGAGCCCUGUCAAGGAUCUUUCUGCCAUUACGAGUUCGCUACCCGAGACGCCAUGUAAAAAACAGGUGGAAGAAAUAUGCAGUGGACACAGACAAUCUCCAAGGCUUUUGAAAAAGGGUGGAUCAGGAGACAAAGAGGGAGACAUAAGAGGAGAUUCUUCAGCAUUUCACGACGAAGCUAUGAAGACAGCUACCAGACACAGUCCCAGGAAAGCCUUCAGAAAGAUUCCCUUCGGUAGCGCUCGGGAUACUAGUCAGUUGAAAGACAUAAUCAAUCCUGACCAAAUAGGAAGAGGAGCCGAACUGCUUGAUGGUGCGACAGGAAAAGAAUCAAGCAGCCAAUAUUCUGCAAAUGAAUCACCAUAUCAAGUAAAACUCGAUAAGAUUGAGAAAAAUGAUGCAAAAGGAAUCAAUGUUUGUGGAAUUCAUGAAGGAGAGCCAUCGCAGGCUACUUGGUUUGACAAGCUUGUAGAAGGCUCUGGAGACAAGGAACAGGAGAUGGAUCAGGGCAAUGUGAUUGAACAUAAAGUAAGAAGCACUCCUUGCAAAGAGGAUCUUGGCACACCUCCAAUCAAACGAAGACGUUCCAGAAGGGACACGUGUACCCCACCCUAUGUUCCUGCGUCUAAGUGUGCCACACCAGAGAUUAUAAACAGUUGGCCUCGCAAAAAGGUCAGAUACAACACUCCAUCUCCUUGCACCAGCAAAGUACUGAGCUCUUGCGAAAUCUCACCAAUCACCAAAGUGGAGGAUAUCGUUUCAAAUUUGACUUCACCUUGCACAAGACGAAGAACACCUCAGUCCUCCUCCAAACAGAGUAGAAGUGGAUCUGGGAGGAAACGCAAGAGGCAGUCACCAGGUGUCACCUCUAGUGAGAAGAAACAACGCAGGUCUUCUGGACGUUCCAAGAACUCUCCAAGAGCAAAAGGAUCCCUACUGAGCAUGCUGUCCCCAAAACAUAAUCUAGAACAGCGCUGUGUGUCACCUGUGUUUGGAAAAGCGUUAACCAGAACUACAUCAAACCCCCAGAAGUUGUCAAAGCCUUCAGGAAGCAAGGGCAGCAUGAGCAGUGGGGAAUCUUUGGAUGAUCUAGAUAAGAGCUUUUCUCCCAUAUUUGGAAAGAGUCUAGUCACCAGCCCAAAUGUUCCCUCAAAGACAAAUGGAAAGGAUACUAUUCAGCAGGGAUUGCCCAUGUCAUUUAUUGAUAAAGGAUUAGACUCGGAUGAAGACACUGAUUCUGAGAUAGACUUCCCCAAGCUGAAGUCCAGUCAAGGCUCUGUAGGUAAUUUAUCCGACUUGGAGAUGGCUUCAAUGGUUGACAGAGCAGCGGAAUUAACCAGUGAGAAUGAGAAAGCAGACAGAUUGUCAAAGGAACACUUGCAGAAAAGUAUGCAUGAAGACGAAAACAUUGGUGAUUCCAGUCAUAAGAAGCUUCGGAAGAGGAAUUCAUCUCAGAUGUCACCUGAUCAAAAGCCACUAGUGAAACGGCACUCUUCUUCAAGUCAUGAUAAGAUCAUAGUUGAGAGACAGUUUUCUGAUGAUAAGUUGCUUGAAAGUAGUAAUGUUGGGAAGGCUCUUAGAAAAAAGAGGUCAUCAGAAAAGCAAGAACCUGCAAGCAAGCUAAAAGAAAAUAUCACGGGUGAAGAAACAGAAGUGAAAGACCCCAAACCUGCAUUGCCAAGUUCAGUUGAAAGACUUCCUGAUGAAAAACUUCUUGAAGACUUGGAAAAUACCAGACCCAAGGCACCUCCUAAGAAGAAGAAAAGGGUAACCUUACAGACAAGGAUUUCUUCUUCUUUGGGUCAACGUCAAUCAACACCAUCUAGACUCAGUAUGACCUUGAAGAGACCAAGUGCAGGAGCGAACUGGACAGUGACCAAUUCCCCUGAAUUGGCUUCUCUUAUGGGAGCUUCAGAGGACUUCUCACUCACAGCAAGUAGCCUGUCCUCUGCCGAUGAUGAUGUCUUCGAGCAGAGUAGCAUGGUUGCGGGUCCAUCGCCACCUGAUGUCUCUUCCACCCCUCCUACACAGUCGGGCAAACCCAGCUUCGUGACCACACCCCUCUCUACUACAGGGCUGUACUCUCUCAUGAACUCACCUCUGGUGGCUUCUGGGAAUCGAAGGUCUACCACAGGAACACCCAAGAGAGGCAGGACCAGUCGUACUUCCAGGCGGAACUUGCCUCUUCAGUGAUGAUGGCCCAUGAACUCUUCCCCGGUAGUAGAUUCUGGGAAUCGAAGGUCUGCCACAGGUUCCCAAAGAGAGGCAGGACCAGUUGUACUUCCAGACAGAACUUGCCCCGACAGUGACCAAUGACUCUCACAUCAUAGAUCUUCCAUGGGCACAGCCAAGACAAGUCAUACUUUUAGACACCUACCCCUUCUGUGAUUACUAAUUCACUUCCUCGCAUAUCAUCCAUGAAUCGCAAAUCUGCAAUGGGUACACCAUCAAGAAGUAGGACCAGUCGUACUUCCAGAUGUCAUGGAACUUACCUUUUUCUGUGAUAACAUGUGUAAUCUCCUCUCACAGAUCUUUACACAAGCACAGCCGAGACCGGUACUUCUAGGUACAUGCUUCUAGAUAGAACCUACCCCUGCGACUACUUAUAUGCAUGCUUGGAUCAUCUAGGAAUCACAAGUCUUCCAUGGGUACACAUGAGAGGGCCAGGACCAGUUGUACUUCCAAGUAAACUUUUCUGUUCAGUGAUGAACCAUGAACUAUCCCCUCUGGAGCAUGUCAGCAUUAUUUUCUUGUCUGACAUGUUGUCGUACAUGUAUCUGAUAACUUAGACUUUUAUUGGCUGAGAAGUACUCUUUCUAUGGAAACUGUCGGAGGUAACACAUUCCACCCACACACAUACAAUGUAUCUAUCAAGUUCUACUAUUAACUCACUUUGAUAGUUGCCAUCUGUUGGUUGAUUUGAAAAGCUGAAUAUCUAAUUUUGUAGUGUGUAUCAUCUAAAUUUUACAAUGUGCAUUAAUGUCAAUGAAUAUUUCUGACUUUGAAGAACUUUUGUAAACAGCUAAUCAGACCAAUUCGUGCAUGUCACUUUUCGGUUUGUGCUUAUUGCAACCUGAAAUUCAUGAUUCUUUAUCCAAGAGAGUCCAUACUUUUUUCAGAGUACAAACUUUUUUUUUGCGGGCAAGUUUUUUUCCCCCACUCCGUAAACAUUCUCUAGCAAAGUGACCAUUCAUUUAAAGUCAUAUUAUUAUUUGCUUUCUUAUGUGUAUUGUAUAUGUUGCCAAAUCAUACAGAAUUUAAAUUUUAGGAAAAACAUUAAAAAGAGCAAUGCAGAAACAUGUGAAUGAUCACUGAGCUUGAGAAUGCCCAGUUCAUUUCUUUCCUUGAAAAUGUUGAGCACGAAUAUCCAGUUGCCUAAUCAAAAGGAUUUUUUUUCCAAUUUUAAUUUAUAUUUAUUUAUUCAAAGAUUUGAAACAAAGUAUUUAAAAACUGUACACAAAACAAUUGCAUUGAAAUGGAAACAGAAUGAAACGAUAAAAAAAUCUUGAUAAAUGAACUGAUGAAAAGAAUGUCUACUAUAAAUUGCAAAAUUUGUAAAAAGCAUUCAACUAUUAAUGCAAAUGUAAAUGGGACUGAAAAGAGCACAAAAAAAAUUAAAAGGCCUAAAGAUAUUGGUUCAUGAAACUAAGAAAGUACAGGUAAGGAUUAAUUAGCUAUUCUAAUGAGUAACAAAGCUUCACUAUAUUUGCCUUAUACUUGUGUGUCUCUCUGAAUCAAAUUAAUUACAUGUUCAGUUAAGGCCAGAAAUUUACAUACACCCAGGAAAUUCAAAGAAAAGUUGACACUUGCCUAACAUAAAACUUACUGUAUCUUAUAAAAUGUUU